UUACUCCGCCGGUGUCAACACUGAGCAGAAAUAUUGACUUUUCAUCCAUUCCAAAGCACAAAGCGGGACCCCUCGUGCUCUUGCCGGACUUGGGGCUGCGUUCUCCGUUCAAGUGCCGGCUUCCUGCUCGCAUCGUUUCCAGGCCACAACUGGAACUACGUGCUAUGGCGGAGCAACAUGGCGGGCGCGCUCCGCCUUUUCCUUUUUGAGAAAGUGCUGAGAGUUUUGGACAUUAGAGGAGGGUGAAGUGAGCUGUGGUGGCCGGAGAAGGUCCAGCGGGCAGCAACACUUGCCAAAGUUUGUUUCCAUUUGUGCGAACCUGUCGAAACGCCAGCCGAGCCGCUUUGUUUACGUGCUGUGACCCGGCCGUGCAUGCGUUGUGUCCGUCGUUUACGAGGUCCAGCUUUGUGGGCUGGCGUCACCCACAGUCGCGCCGCGAAGUAGAAUGUUACCGAGCCAGGUUGGGUCGGCACCACACGGAAACGCGUCAGCUUCAGCUAGAGGUAGCGGCGUCGCGCUCGGUUCGGCUCCUAUCGGUAGCGGGAAUCGUCCCGUCUUGAUCCGAGCAGGGCAAGCUUCUGUCGGGCUUGGCGAGAGCGGGGCAGCGGGGCGGCACGGAAGCAGGGAGGCGCUCGGGAUGCUGGGGGCGAACGGUCCAGGGGGUCCCCGAGGUGUGAGGUCCGGCAACGGGACCGGUGUGAGCCCGCUUCAGGCCGCCCUUCAGGGCAGUAUGGUGGGCGUCAACGCGGGCAUCGUUAUGCCUCACGGAGCCAGGUUCGACCCCGACAGGGAGAGCGUACCUCUGUGCAGCGGCUCGGACAACGACUCGGACUCGGGGGAUGACGACGAUCCGGUGGCUUCGCUCGGGGACAGCAGGAGAGGGGUGAAGCGGGAGAGAACCGAGAUGGAAGCUGCUGUCACGGGCCAGGAGGUCGGAGGAGCUCCCGGAGGGUACGGCCUGGUUCCCGGGGGGGUCGCCGGGGCAAAGCCGGGGAAGAAGACACGUGGUCGCGUCAAGAUCAAGAUGGAAUUUAUUGACAACAAGUUGAGACGCUACACCACUUUCAGCAAGAGGAAGACCGGGAUCAUGAAGAAGGCAUAUGAGCUCUCCACUCUGACAGGAACCCAAGUUCUGCUUCUCGUGGCCAGCGAAACUGGUCACGUCUACACCUUUGCCACCCGUAAACUCCAGCCCAUGAUCACCAGUGAAACGGGCAAAGCGCUGAUCCAAACAUGCCUCAAUUCACCGGACUCGCCGCCACGCUCUGACCCGUCCACAGACCAACGCAUGAGUGCAACAGGCUUCGAGGAGACGGACCUCACCUACCAGGUCUCUGAGUCAGAGAGCAUGGGCGACACUAAGGAUACGUUGAAACCGACGUUCACAGUAGCCAGCCUACCAGGUGGUACCAGCAGCGCCCAGGCCACAGUGCCCACCACCUCCACCAGCAUGCAGGUGAGCAGCGGGCCCAACUUUCCCAUCACCAACUACCUGGCGCCCGUUUCUGCCAGCACCAGCGUCAGCGCCAACGGAACUGUCCUGAAGACUACCGGCGCCUCCACGGGGGUGAUGCAGCUGCCCGGUGGCUUCACUUUCAUGCCGGGAGCAGGUGUCUCUCAGCAGCUCCAGGCCAUUCAGGUACACCCCAACACUCAGUCCAUCUCCAACAGUGAGAGCAGCCCCGAGAUGUCCCACACGGCUACAAACUCCACAGCGACAGUGAGUCUCCCGGCAACCAUCGUCACCUCGACGGUGCCGUCGUCUGUGGCGGGUCACAUGAUGUACCCCAGUCCCCACACGGUGAUGUACGCCUCCACACCCACUCUGGCCGACGGGGGGCUGGCCGUGCUCAACGCCUUCCAGGGCACGUCGGCCAUGCAGGUGUCACACGCGCAAGCCCACGACGCAGCCUCUGUCCCGCAGGUGUUCCUCACGGCUCCCCCCGGCACAGUGCAGAUCCCGGUCUCCGCGGUGCAGCUUCACCCAGUACGGCAAGAUCUGCAUUUCACAAGUGAAACUCCGCUAUUCCCUCUGCAACCAGCAUGUCACAUGACCUCGCCCCCACACGCUAACAGCGCACCGAUUGUGCCCGUCACUUGCCGCCGUCGCCUCGCGGGAAUGUGGAGUCGCCGCUGGUGUCUUGCAGCAAAACGUCACACCCGCGCUAGGCUAAACACACAAAGCUUGUUUAUUCAGCGCAUGCACUUGUUUGUCAGUGCGUCUGAACGGGCAGCACCUGGAUGAGUGGUUAGCAUAUCUGCCUCACAGUCGUCAGCUUCUGGGUUUGUUAAAUAUGCGGAAUCCCGAAUCCUUCCUGUGGAGAGUUUGCAUGUUCUCCAGGUACUCGGACUUCCUUGUUUAUUCCAAAAAUGUGCACGCUAGGUUGGCUGAAUGCUUUCAAUCGUCCAGAAGCGGCUAUGUGGGAAUGGGUCUUCGUCUGUCUGUGCCCUGCGAUAGGCUGGCGACCAGUUCAGGUCGACUGAUGGAUUUUUCGAAACUGAAAUGAUUUUAGUAAAUGGCUGCAAUAUAACAAAGGGUGAAACGUUGGAAGGGGUCUGAAUGCUUUCCAUACCCACUGUGCACACAUUUAUUCUGCAUGCAUGAAAUUCGUAUUGCCAUAUGCAACAAGCCUGUCGCACUUUACAAGCAGUACAACACUAUAAGCUAUCUGAUACCAGGAGCUUCAAUGAUCAUUCUGGAACCGUAAAAAGAUAAUCCUGCUCACUUUCAUUAGUUUUAUUACCGUAAUCUAAUGGUUGUGGCUGUCAUUUGUGUUUGUUGUGGUUUCUAACUGUACUAUAACUACAUAUACAGGAAACUCAAACUUUGUAUUCAUGUAUUUACAUCUGUAUCAGGCAGGCCUAUGCAAAGUAUGUCCUGGGGGGCCGCGUAUAGCACAUUAAUUGAAUAAUGAUUUAUAACUAAUACUGUUUAAGCUUGUAUAUUUUAGAAAAUUUGUUAAAAUGGUGAGUGAUUCAAUCCAUAAAAAAUGUGAAUCAUUAAUUACAAGAAAUGAGUUUGCACAUUUUGUACACCAUUUCUUUUAACCUCAACCAGGAAUGACCUGGUCCAUCCUUCAGAUCUUUUCUUUUAAUACUAAAUGGCUAUUACUGCAUCACUACAAUGCAAAACCAAAAUAUAUGAAACAUUGGGAUGUUUUUUAAUUUUUUCAUUUUACAAAGUGUGAGUAACGGCUCUCGGCACACUGCCAUCAGGUUGUGCACGCGUACCUAAUGCAGUGUCUGGUUAGUGAGUGAGCUGCUGGCCCC